UGCGCCAUUUUAGCGCGUCUCCAGCCAUCCGGUAUGAUGGCGACUUUGCUUUGUCUCCGGUGAACAGGGUUGCUUCAAUACUCUCUCUAUAUAUAUAUGUUUUUUCUCUUUCCUAAAAUACAAACUACUGGGAAUUAACAUUGUGUUUUAUAUUUAUCUCCGGGACGACGUGCCAAUAACUACACGUGUCUUCAGUCUUUGAAGAAAUGCCGACAGAGUACAGAAGGUAAAAUGAGUAAGGCCUCAGCUGAAUCUACAGACCAAGUGAUGGAGGAGGAAGUAGGUCAACUUCCGAUUACAGUCCAGGAGGAGGAGGAGGAGGAGGAAGUAGAUCAACUUCCGAUUACAGUCCAGAAGGAGGAGGAGGAGGAGGAAGUAGAUCAACUUCCGAUUACAGACCAAAUGGAGGCUGGGAGCUCAACAGAGACUGAGAGACCUUCCUCUUCUCACACCAAGAGGAAGCCUUCUGUCGCAGCCAAGCAAGUUGGAGGGAAUGAAUCGGACACCUCGGACGAGAGUGGACAGGAAGAUGACGCCUCAGAUGGGGUGUUGGUUGUGCGGCCUCCUGCUGGGACUGACAACAAGGAGGACAAGAGCAGAGGAGCCAUGAAGCUCCGAGUGGACCUCUCCCGGAGAAAGACAGGUAAAAUGAGUAAGGCCUCAGCUGAAUCUACAGACCAAGUGAUGGAGGAGGAAGUAGGUCAACUUCCGAUUACAGUCCAGAAGGAGGAGGAGGAGGAGGAGGAAGUAGAUCAACUUCCGAUUACAGACCAAAUGGAGGCUGGGAGCUCAACAGAGACUGAGAGACCUUCCUCUUCUCACACCAAGAGGAAGCCUUCUGUCGCAGCCAAGCAAGUUGGAGGGAAUGAAUCGGACACCUCGGACGAGAGUGGACAGGAAGAUGGCGCCUCAGAUGGGGUGUUGGUUGUGCGGCCUCCUGCUGGGACUGAGAACAAGGAGGACAAGAGCAGAGGAGCCAUGAAGCUCCGAGUGGACCUCUCCCGGAGAAAGACAGAUACCACUUUGCAGGAGAGAAUUGACUGCACCGCCUGUGGACAGCAGGUCAACCACUUUCAGCGCCACUCGGUGUUUGAGCACCCCAUGCUCCAUGUGCUCCUCUGCAAGUCGUGCUAUAAGUAUUACACCAGCGACGACAUCAAUAAAGACGAGGACGGCAUGGACGAACAGUGCAGGUGGUGUGCUGAAGGCGGCAACCUGAUCUGCUGUGACUACUGCCACAACGCCUUCUGUAAGAAGUGCAUCCUGCGGAACCUGGGGCGCAAGGAGCUGUCCAUGAUCACCGACGAGGACAGCAAAUGGUCCUGCUAUAUCUGCAGCCCUCAGCCCCUCUCAGACAUCGCCUCCAACUGCUCCAACAUCAUGACCAAACUGGAGAGCUUCUGGCGCACGGGACGCAAGAAAGAGAGGGAAGAGGUGAAAAGACACAGUAAGGGUAAAGGUCACCACCACCGUGGUAAAGCUGUGGUGAACGGUAAGGAGCAUUCAGACGGGUCCCUCACCUUCUCCUAUAAGACCCUGAAGGUCCCCAAGGAGCUGGUGAAGAGGACCAAGAAGCUGAUUGAGACGACUACAGGGCUCAACAACACCUUCAUCCAUUUCAUCCAGCAGGCUGAGGUGGAACAGGGAGCAGGAGGAGGUGGAAGCGGGACCAGAAACAGACACCUCAAGGCCUUCAGGUCUGUUCUGGCUGACCUGAAGAAGGCCCACGCUGCCCUAGAGAAAGACUUGGAGUCACAGUUCACUUCCCAGGACCAGGGGAUGCAGAAUGGGGAUGCUGUUUCCAACACCGAUGGCCGUGACUGCCACGAUCAGAUAGACAAUGGGCGAGAGGCAGAAGAGGACAAAAUGGCCGACACUGAGGAUGGGGAGGAGGAUGGGGGUGUGUCAGAGGACGCGGAGAUGGAGGGGAGCCCCACCCCCACGCCUCAGGACCACUCAGAGACAGACAGCCAGGCCAAAGACCAGACAGCGGUGAAAAUGGAGGAGGAGGAGGAUGGAACGGAGGAAGAGGGUGACCGGGAUAAAGACAUUUUGUCCGUCGGGCCAUCUGUCCCUGACGAGCUCUUCCAGAUGGUCGAGAGUCUAGCGGACUCCACAGGGUUAACACCAGGUAACGACGCCACGGAACUCACAGCGGCUAGCCAAUCGGAGAACCCCGUCGCUAGCUCAACCAGGAAGUCACGUGACACCCAGAAGGAGAAGGCCAUGCCCAAGGUUAAGAACCUGAUCUUGAAGCUGACGCCUGUUCCCGUGGUUACCACACGCACCUCUAGGUCUAAGAGCAAGGUUAAAGAUGGAGGGAAGGAGAAAGAGGGUGAGGAUGGAGGGAAGGAGAAAGAGGGUGAGGAUGGAGGGAAGGAGAAAGAGGGUGAGGAUGGAGGGAAGGAGAAAGAGAGGAGUAAGGGUGGAGGGAAGGAGAAUGAGAGGAGUAAGGGUGGAGGGAAGGAGAAGGAGAGGAGUAUGGGUGGAGGGAAGGAGAGUAUGGGUGGAGGGAAGGGGAAGGAGAGGAGUAUGGGUGGAGGGAAGGGGAAGGAGAGGAGUAUGGGUGGAGGGAAGGAGAAGGAGAGGAGUAUGGGUGGAGGGAAGGCGAAAGAAAGAAGUAAGGAUGAGGGUAAGGAGGUGGAGGGAGGUGGGGCCUCCGAGGAGGACAGCCGAUGCUCCAGCCGCACAAAGACCACACCCCUCAGGAAGUCACCGGAGGGGAAAAACAAGAUGUCUUCCUUCUCUCAGGAGAAAAGCGACUCAGAAGGCGAGGAGAAGAGCCCCAGCAAACUGAAGAGGAGAACCAAGGGAAGCUCCGAGAAGGAACGGGUGAACGAGGAGGAGGAGGAGGAGGAGGAGCGGAAAGGGAGCAAGGCCUCCUCCAUGGUGACCUCUGACCCUUCUAAACAGAACGUGGACUCAGAUUCUGACGAGGUUCCAGACAUCCUGGUCCAGACUGCAGCGGCGGAACGCAGCUCGGACGAGGAUGUGCAGCAGGACGCCGACAGUAACCAGGGCAACAAGCGAGUCAAGAAGUGCCUGUUCAAACUCAGCAAGAAAGAGGAGGAGGUGGGAGAGGAGGAGGAGGUGGGAGAGGUGGGAGAGGAGGUGGGGGAGGAGGACGAGGAGGUGGGGGAGGAGGACAAGGAGAAGGCAGACAAGAAGCCGGCGGCCAAACGCAAACUGAAAGCCGACAACUCCGAGCCUGACUCCGAUGAAGACGCAAAGAAGAAAAAGAAGUCCUCCAUGGCUUCUGACAAAAAGACAUCCGAGAUGAAGCAGAAGGUCUCGGGCGGCUCCUCUGACUCCGACUCUGACCUGGAGAAGGAGAUGAAGGGACUCAGCAAACUGGGCACGGGGAAACGGAGGAGCAGCCGCGUAAAGAAGGAAAAAGAGGAGAAGGAGAACAAGGGCGGGGAUCGGAAGCGGUCCUAUGAGCUGAAACGCAAAGCCAGAGGUAAAGGAGCCAAGCGGCAAGAUUCAUCGUCUGAUGACGAGGAGGAGGAGGAGGAGGAGGAGGAGGGAGGAGGGUCUGGAGAGGAGAGUGGAGACCAGCAGAAGAUUAAACCCAUCGUGGAGGAGACGGUGGCAGCAGGGAGGGGAACCUUCCACCAGUCCUCAGGAGAAGAAGGUAACCAGGAUGCUUCUCAGAUGGCUGUUGAUGAUGAUGAUGAUGAUGAUCCAGAGAACAGGAUUGCCAAGAAGAUGCUGCUGGCCCAGAUCAAGGCCAACUACUCUUCAGGAGCGGAGGAGAGCUCUGAUGAGGACGGAGAAGAGAAGGAACAGAGCAAGGGAGGAGAGGAGGAGGAGGAGGAGGAGGAGGAGGAAGACGAGGAGGGGGCUGAUGAUGAUGAUGAUGAUGAAGAGGAGGAAGGGGACUCUGGCUCUGACGUGGAUGUGAAGAAGAGUGGGGGGCGUCGCCACCGGCUGCUCCGCCACAAACUGACGCUGAGCGAGGGAGAGUCAGGAGAGGAGAAAGAGAAACCAGCCAGCAAAGGGAAGAAGGAGCCCAAGAGGACCAGACGGAAAGUGGGUAGUGAUGACUCAGCAGACUUGGACUCUGAGGAGUCAGCUAGCAGCAGUGAGUCGGGCGUUAGUGAAGAGAUCAGCGAGGAGGAGGAGGAGGAGUCAGAGGAGUCGGAGGAGGGCAGCAGUCGCAGGAGGACCACGCGCUCCUCCAAAAACAAGAAGAAGAAGAAGAAGGAGGAGAGGAGCUACGCCCAGAAGAAGAAACGACGCCGCAUCAAGGUCCAGGAAUCUUCAUCCGACGAGAAGAGCGGUUCAGGAGAGGACGGCUCGGGGAAGGAGGAUGGAGACAGUCCUAAAGGACAGAGGAAGAAGAUCAGAAAAAUCCUCAAGGACGACAAGCUGAGGACGGAAACGAGGGACGCCCUAAAGGAGGAAGAGGAGAGGAGGAGACGCAUCGCUGAGAGGGAGCAGCUCAGGGAGAAACUCAGAGAGGUACUCGUGGUGGAGGAGGCGUCCGCCGUGGCUUGUCCAAUCACAACCAAGCUGGUGUUGGAUGAAGACGAGGAGACCAAGGAGCCCAUGGUGCAGGUCCACCGCAACCUGGUCACCAAGCUGAAACCACACCAGGUCGACGGGGUCCAGUUCAUGUGGGACUGCUGUUGUGAAUCGGUGAAGAAAACCAACAAGAACUCUGGUUCUGGAUGUAUUCUGGCUCAUUGUAUGGGCCUGGGAAAAACACUGCAGGUGGUAACCCUACUCCACACUCUACUGCUGUGUGAGAAGUUAGACUUCUCCACGGCGCUGAUCGUCUGUCCUCUCAACACGGUCCUCAACUGGCUCAACGAGUUUGAGAAGUGGCAGUACGGCUUCAAGGACGAGGAGAGUUUAGAGGUGACGGAGCUGGCCACAGUGAAACGUCCUCAGGAGAGAGCGGCCGCUCUGCAGCAGUGGCAGGAGGAUGGAGGGAUCAUGAUCAUUGGCUAUGAGAUGUACCGUAACCUCACACAGGGUAGGAACAUCAAGAGCAAGAAACUCAAAGAGACGUUCCAGAGGACCCUGGUUGACCCAGGCCCGGACUUUGUGAUCUGUGAUGAGGGCCACAUCUUGAAGAACGAGGCGUCGGCCAUCUCUAAAGCCAUGAACUCCAUCAAGACCCGACGGAGAGUGGUGCUCACCGGCACACCGCUGCAGAACAACCUCAUAGAGUACCACUGCAUGGUGAACUUCAUCAAGGAGAACCUGCUGGGCUCAGUGAAGGAGUUCAGGAACCGCUUCGUUAACCCAAUCCAGAACGGCCAGGCAGCGGACUCCACGGACCAGGACGUACGGAUCAUGAAGAAGAGAGCUCACAUCCUCUACGAGAUGCUCAAUGGAUGUGUACAGAGAAGAGACUACUCUGCCCUGACCAAGUUCCUGCCUCCUAAACAUGAGUACGUCGUGUCCGUCAGAGUCACGCCCAUCCAGUGUACUCUAUACCGACACUACCUGGAUCACCUAACAGGUGCGGGGAACGUGGUGGAGGGGGGUCGGGGCCGAGCCGGGACCAAGCUCUUCCAGGAUUUCCAGAUGCUCAGCAGAAUCUGGACCCAUCCCUGGUGCCUGCAGCUGGACUACAUCAGCAAGGAAAACAAGGGGUACUUUGACGAGGACAGCAUGGAGGAGUUCAUCGCCUCGGAGACCGAGGAAUCUUCCAUGAGCAUGACCUCUGAAGACGAGAAACAGAAAAAGAAGAGGAAGCGGGGAAAGGCUCGGAAGAAGGACAGUGACUCAGACAGCGAUGCUCUGGAGGUGAUAAAGGAGUGGAACACCAGUUCUCGAGGUGGAGACCCUUCCAGUCGCAACCGGGCCGAGCCAGAAGAGGAAGCGCGUCCGGCCUCCAGCCCUGGCACCAGGAGUCCCGACUGGCACAAGGAGUUUGUUACAGAGGCAGACUCUGAGAUCCUGGAGCAUUCUGGGAAGAUGGUGCUGCUGUUUGAGAUCCUCCGUAUGGCUGAGGAGGUGGAUGAUAAAAUCCUGGUGUUCAGUCAGUCUCUGAUCUCUCUGGACCUGAUUGAAGACUUCCUGGAGCUGUCUGGCCGAGCCAAAGAGGAGGAGAAACAGUCUCCCUACAAAGGUGAGGGGAAGUGGUUCCGGAACAUAGACUACUACCGUUUGGACGGCUCCACCAACGCCCUGAACCGGAAGAAGUGGGCCGAGGAGUUCAAUGACACCAGCAACGUCCGAGGUAGGUUGUUCCUGAUCUCGACCAGGGCUGGUUCUCUGGGCAUCAACCUGAUAGGAGCUAACCGGGUCAUCAUCUUUGAUGCUUCCUGGAACCCGUCGUACGACAUCCAGAGUAUCUUCAGGCUCUACCGCUUCGGACAGCUCAAGACUUGCUAUGUCUACCGAUUCCUGGCUCAGGGUACUAUGGAAGAGAAGAUCUAUGACCGCCAGGUGGCUAAACAGUCUCUGUCCUUCCGAGUGGUGGAUCAACAGCAGAUCGAGAGACAUUUCACCAUGAAUGAGCUAACGGAGCUCUACGCCUUCGAACCCGACCUUCUGGAUGAUCCCACUGGCAAGAAGAGCAAGAGGACCACACCUAUGCUGCCAAAGGACCCGUUCCUAGCUGAGCUGCUCCACAGCAAUAAGGAGCAGAUAGUGGGUUAUCACGAACAUGACUCCCUGCUGGAUCACAAGGAAGAGGAGGCUCUCAGCGAGGAGGACCGCAAAGCAGCCUGGGCCGAGUACGAGGCAGAGAAGAAGGGUCUGUCUCUGCGUGUCAACCAUGGCGCGUACGGAGGACAGAUGGACAUGGGAGGAGCGAACAGCUACUUCCCCUUCAACGUGGCGGCACUGGCCUCUAUGUCCAACCCCCAGCUGGAGGAGUUGAUCAACCAGGGCCGUCAGAAGGUGAUGGAGGCCACCAACGCUCUGAAAUUCCUCCCCAGAGAAUCUCUAGAGGACACCAUCGGGAGAGUGUGGAAGGAGAACCCGGCUCUAACGGAGGCCCAGGUCCAGGCCAUGGCUCUGGGGAGACAGGCCAGUGUAGAGAUGGAACUCAAACGAAGAGAAGCUGCCUACAGAGACGUCCUCAAUAAGCAACAGACUCUGAUGAUGUACGUUCAGAAGGUGAUCACCAACAGGAAGGUGAGAGAGCAGCAGAUGGCCAUGGCCAACCAGGCCCAGCUGAUGAGCCAGAUGAACGGCAUGCUGGGAGCUGGAGGGAUGAGCCAGAUGGAACUCUUGGGGUUGUACCAACAGCUGGGAGCGCUACAGGGUCAUCCCACCCACCCCUCCAUGGGCGGCAAGAACCCCGGCCCCUCUAAGGGCAACCUGUAAGGGGACAUAGUCCCCCUAUCUAUUCUCCACAAUUCAUAUUGUCUCUGGUCAAAAGUAGUGCACUAUUUAGGCAAUAGGAAUAUCAUUUGGGACUCAGGCCCACUCACUGCCCCCUCACUGUCUCACUCAGUAGGCUUGCUCCCUAAUGCUGCUCCGUCUCCUAUGUAGUGCACUAGUUGGAGCCCAGAGCCCUAGGGUUUUGGUUAGAAGUAGUGCGCUAUAUGUAGGGGAUAUAAGGGGUGUGAUUUGGGACGUUACCCCCCCCCCCCCCGGUGAGACGACGACACAGAGAGAAGGGUCUCGGAGCCCCUCACCACUCCCUCCUGAAGCAGGAAAUGACACGUAUAGGGACUAUAUGAAGGGGUUUUAGAAAUGUCGUUUGAAAUUCUGUAUAUAUUAAUGUUAUUCACGUUCUCUUCUGUUUUCCUGUAUUUAAAAUAACGUAAGGAAAGGGAAAUGUUUUUGUCCCAAAUCCGUUAUUAUUUCCCCUUGUUUAAUGAAUUGAUUAUUCUGUAAGUUGUGUUUUGAUACAGUUUUAAUGAUUGCCUGUCUAUCUAAAGAAAGCCCCUCAGCGGGGGGCCAUAGUGCUGACUAACUGGUGAUGGGACUGUUUCAGGAUAUUAAACAUUUAGAUGAUUAGACCCCCUAUAGAACCCUCCCUCCACCAAGAAACGCAGACAGGCAGACAGGCAGGCAGGCGGGCAGGCAGACAGGCAGGCGGGCAGACGGGCAGGCAGACAGGCAGACGGGCAGGCAGACGGGCAGGCAGACGGGCAGGCAGACAGGCAGGCAGGCAGGCAGGCAGGCACGCAGAAAGACAGACAGACAGACACAGGCAGCAGUGCUGGUGUUGUAAAACUCUUGGGAGAUUCUGAUGCAUAGCCAUGACAAAACAAAAUGAGGGCAUUAUUUCCAUUUCCUAAAGUUUGGUGUAAAUGAGAAUGAUUUUUCUAGCUUGUAGCCCUGAAUAUUUCCACUGUUUUUCUCAUGGUUAUUAUAUGGUAAUAUGGAAUGCUCUCGUGUCGUUAUAAAACUAACUGUCCUCAACCCAUCGCUCACUUCCCCGAGACUGUCUCUCUCUGUCUGUCUGUCUCUCUCUGUCUCUCUCUGUCUCUCUCUGUCUCUCUCUGUCUCUCUCUGUCUGUCUCUGUCUCUCUCUCUCUGUCUCUCUCUCUGUCUCUCU